AUGGCUUCGAUAAAUUCUUCUGUCCUCUGGAAAUAUUGCGAAGUUUUACGUUUGACGAAAAAUAUGAGGUUAACAAUAGGAUUGGAACAAUCAACUCCUCAGGAGUUAAGGUCAUUUUCAGAUUGGAUACUUCAAAUCGGUGAAGGUCGAUGUGGAAUAGUGGUCAAUGAUAAACUUUUUGUUGAUAUUCCUUCUGAUCUAAUCAUUCCUAUCUUGGAAAAUCCAGUGGAAGAUAUUGUAAAUACAAUCUAUCUGAUUCAGAAUUUUCGUGAUCCAAGUUUCUUCCAAGAUAGGGCAAUUCUGGUUCCGACUGUCGACAAUGUUGAAAAGAUAAACAAUUAUAUAGUUGACUUGUUGCCCGAUAAGGAGAAAAAUUAUCUCAGUGCUGAUUCGAUAUGUGGUAGUGAUGUCUAUUCUGAUGUUGAUGUUGAUUGGAUAAAUGUUGAAUUCUUGAAUCAGAUUAGAUGUUCUGGUCUACCUAAUCAUUCAUUGAAGUUGAAAAUAGGCGUGCCUAUUAUUUUGUUGAGGAAUAUUGAUCCAGCUGGGGGUUUGUGUAAUGGGACUCGACUUGUUAUGCGAGAUCUAGGGAGAAAUGUGAUCGGCGCGGAUAUUGUUUCUGGUAGUAAUGUUGGGGAUAAAGUUUUUAUCACCAGAAUGAAUAUGAUUCCCAGUGAUACGGUUAUACCGUUUAAAUUCCAACACCGUCAAUUUCCGGUUUCUCUGUCGUUUGCGAUGACAAUAAACAAAAGCCAGGGUCAGACAUUAUCAACUGUUGGUUUGUUCUUGCGUCAUCCUGUGUUUUGUCACAGUCAACUUUAUGUAGCUCUUUCCUGA